CUUUCUCUCUCCUCUUUCUCUCUCUGUACUUCUCUUCCUCCUCUUACUUUUCCUUUUCCAUGACAGGACUGAAUUCUCAAUUCUCUUCCAUCUGCACUUCCUUUUCGCCCAAACUUCAAUACCAAGCUUCCACACUCCUCUCAUUUUCCGUGCCAUUUCUCUCUCUUCUUCCAUUUUCCUUUCCCUCUGUACAAGUUUGAAACCAAAGCCACCUUAAGAUUCCAAGUACUGUACUGAUAUUCUCCAGUCGUUCAAUUUCAAAACCCCAAAGUUCAUGUAUGUGUCCAAAUGCUUCUUCACUUUCGAUCCUCCCAACUCUUCAUUCAUAUAUAAAUCAUAUAUUUAUAUAUAUUUAAACAAUCUUCUUUAACUUCAUUCAUUCCCAUCACAAAGUUCAAGUAACCCUUUGAUGAUGAUCAUCAGAUCUAUAAAACCCUAAUUUUCUUCUCUUUCAAUCUGUAAUUCUAAUUCAAUAUUCGAAGAUCUUCAAAUUUUGAAAGAGCACACACACUGAAAGUGUUUGAUUUUGUGACAGAGAGAGAAUAGAUAUGCCGAGGCAAAACUUGAACGUGGAAGGAAGGAUGGAAGGGGAGUGUAAGAUCCGGAAGAGGGGGUGUUCUUCGUCUUCGUCGUCGUCGUUGGUGCAGAAUUAUCGACUGAAACGGGCGAUUUUGGUUGGGAAGAGAGGAGGGUCGAGCACGCCUGUUCCCACAUGGAAGAUGAGUUCGAGAACAGUGAAAAAUGGUGAAUCAAUGAAGUUUGCGCCGAUUAAAGGCGGUGACGAAGUGUCUGUGUCUGUUUCCGCAAGAAAAUUGGCGGCCACUUUGUGGGAGAUCAAUGAAGUUCCUUCGCCGGAGGCAAAUGGGAACAAAAUGAAGGGAGUUGAUGGAACUAAAGGCGAUGGUCACCGGAGAAGAAGAUCAAGCAUUCCUCAAUUGGGAGGGUUGGAUUACAAUGGCAGCAUAAUGGAGGCUAUGCAGGUUGAAACUCAACCACAUGGGCGGACUCCAAGCAGAUGUAUAGUUGGAGUUAAGUCCCGUUUGAAGGAUGUAAGUAAUGGCCUGACCACAUCUAAAGAGAUUCUGAAAGUUUUGAAUCGCAUCUGGGGUCUAGAAGAGCAACAUUCUUCAAGCUUAUCUCUUGUCUCAGCUCUACGAGUUGAGCUCAAUCGAGCACGUGUUCAGGUUGAUCAAUUGAUCCGAGAGCAGAAAUCUAGCCGCAAUGAGAUUGAUUACCUUCUGAAGCAGUUUGCAGAAGAAAAGGCAGUUUGGAAAACCAAGGAGCAAGAUAGGAUUCACAAUGCCAUUGCAUCUGUAGCAGAAGAGCUCAAGGUAGAGAAGAAGCUGAGAAGACAAACAGAGAGAUUGAACAAGAAGCUCGGAAAAGAAUUGGCUGAUACAAAGGCUUCACUGUCCAAAGCAGUCAAAGAGCUCGAGAGCGAAAAGAGGGCAAGAGAGAUACUAGAGCAAGUCUGUGAUGAGUUAGCCAGAGGUAUCGGAGAAGACAGAGCUGAAGUAGAAGACUUGAAGAGAGAAUCUGCUAAAGUUCGGGAAGAGGUGGAGAAGGAGAGGCAAAUGCUGCAGCUAGCUGAUUUGUUGCGUGAGGAAAGAGUCCAGAUGAAGCUGUUGGAAGCUAAAUAUCAGUUUGAGGAGAAAAAUGCAGCUGUGGACAAGCUCAGAAAUGAGCUUGAGGGCUGGCUGAGAACCAAAAUAGGUGAAGAAAGGGAUGAUGGUUCUCCAAACUUUUUGAAAGGUGAAGAGCUCGAGUAUCUAAGGAGAACACUUCAGGAAUCUUGUCAAAAUGGGGAGAAAGAGAAGGACGAAGGGGAGGUAGUGAACGGAAAGGAGCAUGAAGGGAGUGAUUCAGCCGACAGUGAUCUUCAUUCCAUUGAGUUAAAUAUGGACGAUAACUGCAAGAGCUACAAUUGGAGUUACGCCUAUGAUGCUGCUGCUCAAAAUGAUUCAAAUAGGACAUCAGUUGAUGAAAAAAUCAAGGGGAGGAGGUCUAUCUCUGAGAAGAUCAUGAAUAGCAUAUCCUUGGAAAGAACAACUUCAGAUGGCAUUGAGUGGGAAUUUGGUGCUGUGAGUAAAGAAAAUUCAGAUGGGUUUGACAGGGGAAGAUUAUUCGAGCUGGCUUCACAAGCUUGGAGAAAAGAUUGUGAUGAUGAAAUUGAGAGGUAUAAAAUGGUUAAGGAUCUUAGAGAUCAUAUAUUGUCUGGUUCAAGAAUAGCAUCUUCGCAGUGCUUUGCUAGUCCAACGCGCAACUAGGGCCAAUCCUUGCCUUCUCAAAAUCCUGGCAGCAUGACCUGUGGUGAGUUCAACAGAAUUGCAGGAGAGCCAUUUGAAGACAACAAUGCUAGAUGGAAUCAGAGGCAAAGCCAGAAUUCAACACAUUAGGACAUUAAAAUAUUUUCCUUGUUUGCUUUUUGUUCAUGACUCGCUCUUCGCUUGCAUAUCCUAUCCUAAAAGAGGGCCAUAUCUGCUUGAUGACUGCUGUGUUCAUACCAGUAGUCGCUUACGGAAUACAAAACUGUGAAUAUAAUUUUGUAUAUUGUUUUCAUAUAUACGCAAA